AUGGAUUUUUCGAAAACGAUAAAAAAGAAUGGCUUAUUUUAUUAUCAUCGCAAUAAACUGUUGGCGAAAUGGGAAGCGGAAAACAAAACUGCCGAUCAACCAGGAAAACAACAGCCUACCACAUCUAAGCAUGCUUCGAUACAAAAAGAAAUUGAAACAGAUUUUCAAAGAAAUACUGUAACAUCCGAAGAAGUUAAACCUGAAGACGACGACAGUGAAAUUGAGGAUUUUUUUGAGAUUGACGACGACUCAUUCGAUGAUUCAGGUCCAUCAUUCGAAAAAGAGCAAUAUAGUGAUGCAUUGGAUCAAAUGGAUUUAAGUGAAUGCAUUAGAUAUUGGGCUCUCAAAACUAAUCAGUCACAUGAAUCCAUAAAUCUGAUUAUGGAAAUAAUCAGAAGGAAAACUAACGGGAAAAGGUUACCCCGCUCCGCAAGAACCACAUUGAAAACAUCCCGGCAAGCAACUUCCGAAAUUGUUGAAAUUGCUGGUGGACAAUAUUGGUACCAAGGUAUCAAGCAAUGCCUGAGUGAUUUUUUCCGGUUUACAGAACAGUCACUGAACAUCUCGAUAAACAUAAACAUUGAUGGAAUUCCACUCUUCAAAAGCAGCAAGAUACAAUUUUGGCCUAUAUUGUUCAAUAUUUCGGAAAUGCCUGAAAUUGCACCGAUGACGAUUGCUAUAUUUUAUGGAAAAACCAAGCCGACUAGUCUUGAUGGUUUCUUGAAGCAAUUGGUCGAUGAGUUGAUCGAUGUGCUUAAUCGUGGAAUAUUAAUCAACAACUACAAAAUUAAUGUUAAAUUAAGAUGUUUUAUUUGUGACUCACCCGCACGUGCGUUUCUAAAAGGUGUUGCUAGUUUUAACUCGAAGAAUGGUUGUCUGAAAUGCGUGGGUGAAGGCGAGUACUCACAUGAAUCUCGAACGGUUGUCUUCACGUCGAUCAAUAGUGCAAAACGAACAGAUGAAAAGUUUAGGCAAAAUGCAUACAAUCAUCAUCAAAAGGCUACUACACCUUUGAUAAAAGUACCUAGUUUAAAUCUGAUUGAAGACAUUAUCGUAGGAGAUCGAUUGCACUUGAUUGAUCUAGGGGUCAUGAAACGGUUGCUUCUUGGAUGGAGAGAUGGAACUUUGGGUUAUGAAACGAACAAAUAUCGCAGAUGUUAG